UAAACACUUAUCACAAGCUACAAGCAAUAAUUCUCCGAUCAUGUCAUCUUCUUCAGUUCAGUCAUGGAAAUACGACGUAUUCCUCAGCUUCCGAGGCGAAGACACGCGGAAAAACUUCACUGGCCACCUCUACGCCGCCUUAUGUCAAAAAGGAAUGAUCACAUUCCGGGACGAUCAAGAACUGGUGCGAGGCAAAACGAUUUCUCAGGAGCUAUUAAAAGCGAUUCAAGAUUCAAGAAUUGCAGUGAUUGUUUUUUCAAGAACGUACGCUUCUUCGUCGUGGUGUUUGGAUGAACUAGCGGAGAUUCAUAAGUGCAUGAAAAUGAAGGGGCAAAUGGUAAUUCCGGUUUUUUAUAAUGUGAAUCCGUCGGAGGUGAGGAAACUGACCGGAGGAUUUGGUAAAGCGUUUGCUGAACAUGAAGUUAGGUUUAAGGACGAUUUACUGAAAGUUCAACGGUGGCGAUUUGUGAUUACUGAAUUCGCUAAUCUUGCCGGCUUUGACUCCGAUGACAGGCAUGAGUCAGAGCUUGUUCAAGAAAUUGUGAAGGAAGUUCUACGUAGGCAGAGAAAAUCAAGUUUAGAUACAAGUGCAGCUAAGAAUUUCGUAGGGAUGAAUUCGCGCUUGGUGGAAAUGAGUAUGUGUUUGGAUUUAGGACAGUUGAAUGAUGUUCAGUUUGUCGGGAUUUGUGGGAUGGGCGGGAUUGGUAAGACUACUAUUGCUCGAUUUGUUCAUGAGGAAUUAUCUUCUCAGUUUGAUGGUUGUAGCUUUUUAGCUAAUGUUAGGGAAGUUGAGGAGAGGAGAGGUUUAGUUCACUUGCAAAGACAACUUCUUUCCGAAAUUCUUAUGGAUAGGAGCAUAACUUUAUGCGAUUCUUUUAGUGGCAUGAAUGAGAUUAGUACUAGGCUUUCUCAGAAGCGGGUUCUUAUCAUUCUUGAUGAUGUGAAUCACUUGGAUCAGCUAAAAAUGUUAGCCGGCAUGCAUGACUGGUUUGGGAAGGGAAGUAGAAUAAUUGUAACCAGUAGAGAUGAACAUUUGUUGAAAUGCCAUGGAGUAGAUAAAAUUUAUAGAGUUGAAGGAUUGAGUCACGACGAAGCCCUUCAGCUUUUUCGUUUAAAAGCUUUUAGAAAUGGUCUUCAUGCAGAGGAUUAUUUGGAGCUCUCCAUUCAGUUUGUGAAUUACUGCAAUGGCCUUCCAUUAGCUCUUGAUGUUAUUGGUUCCUUUCUGUUUGGUAAAUCUGUAAGUGAGUGGAAAAGUGCAUUGGAUAGAUUGAAAGAAAUUCCAAAUCAAGAAAUUUUGGAUAAGCUUUCUAUAAGCUUUGAUGGGUUGGAGAAAAUGGAGAAAGAACUAUUCCUCGAUAUUGCUUGCUUUUUCAAUGGACAGGAUAAAGAUUAUGUGUAUGAAGUAUUGGAUAGUUGUGGUUUGUAUCCAGACAUUGGAAUUAAAGUUCUUGUCAGUCGGUCUCUCAUAAAAAUUUCGAAAGAGAGAAUAUGGAUGCACGAUUUACUUCAAGAAAUGGGUCGAGAUAUUGUUCGGCGAGAAUCACCAGAAGAACCAGGAGAAAGAAGUAGGAUCUGGCUUUAUAAGGAUGUUCACCAUGUUCUAUCAACCGAUACGGGAACAGAACGAGUUCAAGCCAUAGUCGUUGAUUCAUGCGAACAUGAAGAUGAACAAUUGAUCCCUGAGGCCUUCAUGAAGAUGAAAAAUCUAAGGUUGCUCAAAAUUAGAAAUUUGCAUCUUUCACAAGGCCUUUCUUAUAUUUCAAAUAAGUUAAAAUAUCUAGAAUGGGAUAGAUAUCCUUUCAGAUAUUUACCUUCUACUUUCCAGCCAGAUGAACUUGUUGAACUCCAUAUGCGCUGUAGUAACAUGGAAAUUUUGUGGAAGGGGAUCAAACCUUUAAAGAUGCUGAAGGUCAUUGAUCUUAGUUACUCUGCUAAUUUACUGAAGACUAUGGAUUUCAAGGAGGUCCCUAACCUUGAAAGUUUGAAUUUUGAAGGUUGCACGAGACUUUCCAAUGUUCAUCAGUCGAUUGGAGUUUUGAGAAAGCUGGUUUCGUUGAACUUGAAGGACUGCAGAAGCCUUGCAAUGCUGCCAGAUAGCAUAUGUUAUCUGAAGUCCCUUAAGUUUCUUAAUUUGGAAAGCUGCUCGAGACUUGCGAAAUUGCCAAAAAGGUUGGGUGAUAUGGCAUGUUUGGAGAAGCUCAAUGUUGGUGGAAUUGCUCAAAGGCAAUUUUCAUCGAAUAAGCUAUGGGAUUUUCUUCUUCCUUCACGGUUUUUGCCGUGGAAGAAAGAUCAUAAUCCAUUGGCCGUGACAGUGCCUUCUAUAUUAUCCUUGCGGUCGUUGAGGUCAUUGAAUUUAAGUUACUGCAAUCUAAUGGAAGGAGCACUUCCCAAUGAUCUGAGCUGCUUCCCGUUUCUGAAAACAUUCAACCUGAGUGGGAAUGAUUUUCUUAGCAUACCUUCGAGCAUUAGCAGACUUUCGAAACUCGAAGAUUUGCGGUUUGCUGAUUGCAAGAAGCUUCAAUCGUUUCCGAAUCUUCCGUCAAGUAUUUUAUAUCUUAGUAUGGAUGGUUGCACUGCAUUGCAAAGUUUGCUACCAAGAAGCAUCAGCAAACAAUUCAAACUCGAGAAUCUCUAUGUUGACGGUUGCAGGAGGCUUCAGCUGUUACCAGAUAUCUCAUCCAGUAUUUUAGAUCUGAGUGUGGAUGGUUUAACGUCCCAAGAAAACCCCACCUCGGAUUCUUCGUCAUUGACAUUUGUAAGCUGCUUGAAGUUGACUGAGGUUCAAAGUGAAAACACAAGUGUAUUUGCCAGGCUGACUAGUUAUCUUCAUUACCUGCUAAGGCACAGCUCUCAGGGACUAUUUAAUCCAAGCUCUCAGAUAUCCAUGUGUUUAGCCGGAAGUGAAAUCCCCGGUUGGUUUAACUAUCAGGAAACAGGAUCUUCAUUGAAAGUGCAGUUGCCUCCAUUUUGGUGGACUAAUAAGUGGAUGGGAUUUGCAUUUUGUAUCGCCUUUGAAUUCCACGAGCAUUCCUCAGAUACAAACAGCAUCGUCUGCAAUUUGAAUGCAUGUAUUUCAGAGGAUCAGGAUUUCUUUCUCGGUAGCUCUGCCGUUGAAAUCUCAAUGGACUCAAGCAAUCCCGCAUCUGAUCAACUUUGGUUCAGCUACAUGCCGCGUAGCUCUUUAACGUGUUUAGAUAUGUGGGAAGCUUGUAACAACUUGAAGGUGACAUUUUCUUCUGUGCAGUUGAGAGUGAAGUAUUCCGGGUUUCGUGCUAUAUUUAGUCGCGAUCUCGACGAAUUAAUUCUAUGCAGCAGACCUUUUCAGAACUUGGGUCUCAUCAGUGUUCUUAAUGCUGAUAGAGGCAAGAGAAAGCAUGAUGACUGCAGUGAAAAUGAAAGUAGCAACCUGGUUAAUAAAUUGUCUUAUAAGAGAAUGAGAAUGACUGAGGAUUCUGAGAGCUAAAGAUUAUUACCGCUCUAAAUUCUAUUCAAGGAUUAAGUUUGUUUUAUUUAAACGAGUUGUAAUUAAUUAUGUAUUCAAAAUAAUAAGUUUUAUUCUUGUUAAAAAAAGUUUUAAUAUAUUCAUCUUUAGUUAUUGUUUCA